AUGGAGGACGUGCUGGACCUGGGCGAGGAACGGCGCCGCGGCCCGGCCACCUCCGAGGAGGCCACGAUGGGUCGCCGAGCUCAACAGGAGUCAGCUCAAGCCGAGAAUCCUCUCAGUGGCAAGAAUUCUUCGAUUCUGACUGGAGAGGUCGUCGCUCAACCACUGGCCCUCACCUGCUGGGCAGGACUCUGGUUUUAA